AUGGCUGACAUUACCACUCGCCAAGUUGGUGCCCUCAACUCUCUCGAAUACAAGCUCUAUUUUGAGAAGAACGGUGUCCCCGUUUCCCCUUUCCAUGACAUUCCUCUCUUCGCCAAUGCCGAGAAGACCGUCUUCAACAUGGUUGUUGAAAUUCCUCGUUGGACCAACGCUAAGCUCGAGAUCUGUAAGGAAAUUGCCAUGAACCCCAUUGUUCAAGAUACCAAGAAGGGUAAGCUCAGAUUCGUCCGUAACUGUUUCCCCCACAAGGGCUACAUCUGGAACUAUGGUGCUUUCCCUCAAACUUGGGAAGAUCCUAACCAUUCUCACCCUGAGACCAAGGCUCGCGGUGAUAACGAUCCUAUUGAUGUCAUUGAAAUUGGUGAGCAAGUUGCCACUCCCGGUCAAAUCAAGCAAGUCAAGAUCCUCGGUGUCAUGGCUCUUUUGGAUGAGGGUGAGACCGAUUGGAAGGUCCUCGCCAUUGAUGUCAACGAUCCUUUGGCCCCCAAGUUGAACGAUAUCGAAGAUGUUGAGAAGCACCUUCCUGGUCUUGUUCGUGCUACCAAUGAAUGGUUCCGUAUCUACAAAAUCCCCGAUGGUAAGCCUGAGAACGUUUUCGCUUUCAGUGGUGAAGCCAAGAACAAGAAGUAUGCCACCGAUGUCGUUCUUGACACUCAUGAAGCCUGGAAGUCUCUCAUCUCUGGUUCUGCCGAUAAGAAGGAUAUUGAAGUUGUCAACACUGCUGUUGAAGACUCUCCCUAUAAGGUUGACUCUGUUGAUGUCCCUGCAGCCUCUCCUCAACCUGCUGCCCCUAUUGAUGGCUCCGUUGACAAGUGGUUCUUCAUCUCUGGUCACAACUUGUAA